AGCUGGAUGUAACUGAUCAACCCGAAAAAGAUCAACGUGUGGAAAAAUGUUGUCGUUUCUAUUUCUGUUCGUCUGCUGGGUGAUGGUGACGCUGUCGGCCGGAAUUGCCAAGGCGGAAUUCGCACUACCGCCACCGUACCCGGCAACUUUGAUUCACUCCGGAAGAGGAGCCAUCGCUGGAUCAUCUGAUUAUUCCACUCGUCAUCUCUACUAUUCCCAGCUGUUGCCUUAUUACUUUUCCGGGAAUCGGCGAUUGGCAGCAGCAGCAUCAGCAGCCGGAUCGAUGCCCACCAACCACUACGGGUAUCACCAACAAGCUGGAUCGAAUUAUUACGAGGUCGAUUACCCGUCGUAUUAUUCCGUUCAUCCGCCAGCGCCUUAUAUUCCGCAAUAUUACCAGCAGCAGGAUCCAGUUAGUAGUCAGUAUCGGGGUAAUAUGAUGAUGGGCUCUGCUGGACAGGCCGAAGGACCCAUGUUGAGUGAACGACAAAAUGGGCCAUUUCAAUUAUUCUCAGCACUAAGAGGACCACCAGGUCCACCUGGUCCUUUUGGACCUUCUGGUCCAGCUGGAGCUCCGGGUUCUCCUGGACCGGCCGCCGGUACUCCUGGCCCUGCUGGAGCGCCAGGACCAGACGGAAUUCCAGGCACUGACGGCGUACCCGGAACGGACGGCGUUCCCGGUACGGAUGGAGUACCCGGCACAGACGGCCUAGUCGGACCGGAUGGAGCCCCUGGUCCGGAUGGAAUGCCCGGUCCGGAUGGUCAACCUGGUACGCCCGGAACGGAUGGAAUCCCUGGCACACCUUGAAAAUGAAAGAAGAAUUUGGAAUUGGAAUUUAUUUUUAAUACGGUCAAGGGAAUGGGGAACAUAUAUUUCUUUUUAAAUAAUCGAGUAAGAUCUGAAUAAACAGUUACCUUGGAUAUUA